AGUUCCGUUAAAAGGGAGGCAACUAACAAUAUUUUAUUGUAAUAAUAAUAAAAAUGGCUACUGCUGAGGAAGGGAAGACGCCUACCAAUUACCAAUAUCAGCCUCAGGGCCCAAGUAGUAAGGAUUCCUCUUCUGCUUAUUUGAUGUCCAUUGUUAGCACAUUGUCUUCAAGUGCUAAUUAUGAUCAAAGAGAAAAAGAAAAAACAAGAAUAGAAAAAGCUUUUAGAGAGAGUGACAAGAGGCUAGGGGAACUUGUAACAGAAAAUUACCAGGAUGUGACCAAGAUUUUACAAGCUUUCAAUGGGAUGACCAAAAGUAUCAAUGAAUCUCGUGAGAAGAUAAGAAAAAUAAAAGAAGAUUUAAAUUCUUGUAAAACCCUCCUUCAUUUUAAACGUGAUGAACUUCGCAAGUUGUGGAAAGAUGGUGUAGAACACAAAGCAGUUUUGUCCAUGUUGGAGCAAGUAGAACAAAUGAAGGAAGUCCAGGACAAGAUGAACACAUACAUGGCCAACAAACAUUACCUUCAUGCUACAGAUACCAUUGUACAAGCAGUGUCUAUGCUAGAAGGUCCUCUAAAUGGCAUUGAUGCCUUGCGUGAGGUUCGAGGUGAUCUUAUCAACAUUAAGGAGAAAAUGCAUGAAACUCUGAUUGAGGAGCUGAGCCGACAGAUCUACGAGAGAUCUCUGCCUUCCUCAAGUUUACAGCCUGGCAGUCUGAUGAGGUGGAGCAGGAAAGAUGCAACUGUUUGGGGGUGGUCUGAUGGUGUGGACUCUCCUAGAAGAGUUCCAAAACAGGACUCAGUUGAAUCUUCUAACAACAAAGCUUACACAGAAGUGAAAGAAGACUUGAACAGCAACCCAGAGGAAAACCUGACCAAGUUUAUUGCUAUUUUAACUGAAUCUCUCUUUGUGCUGAGAAAACUGCCAGAUGCAGUGGAGCGCAUAAAACUUGGCAUGAAAGGAAGUCUUCACAAGUUAAUCAACACAGCUACCCAACAGAUAGCUGAAAGCUCGGGCCAGCAGCUGGACUCCAUGGAGAAUCAUGUCCAGCCCAAGUACUUCAAUGAGCUGCUCAAGCUUGUGUUCCAGCACAGCCGAUGUGUAGCCCAGACCCACCAGACAUUUCUGGACCACGUACUCAAGUUAACUCCUUCACCUGGCAUUGACAAUGAGAAAUCAGGCAUGCCACUACAGAACCAUAUAAUGUACGACAUGAAAGAUGUCUGGUCGGAGAUUCAAGCCAGGCUCCAAAUUUUACUCAGUCAAUACCUGGAUGUCCCCAAUAGCAUGUUAUCUCGUCAACAAGUUCCCUCGGGGUUUGACCAGCCAACAAUGGACAUCAGCCAAUAUUUUAGCAAAAAGAAAGCUGGGAAAGCUAAAAAGGUUUCCUUGUUUAGGUUUGAUGCCUCCCAACAUGCCAUCAGUGUCACAAGCGCCAGACAGCAGAUACAGCAGCAGUACGAACAUGACACCCUUGGUUUACCUGACAGUUGGCACAUUAUAAAGGUGUGCAAACCUGGUGCUUUCAACAUCACAGCCAUCUAUAAACCACUGAGGUCAUUUAUCAGAGAGGUAGAAGAUAUUAUGCAAACUACCUCAGGACUUCAAGAAUUCAUCACAGACUUUGUUCAGAAUGUUUUUCUUGGCCAAGUUCAUAGCAAAGUGUCUGGAAGCAUUGACGCAGCAACUAGAGUGCAAAGAGAUGGUGACAGCCACUUGUGUUUUGAUGCCUUGCGUAAUGUAAUCGAUGAAAAACGUAGAAGAGAAUUAGGAGUGCCAAGGCCUUUACUACAAAGCACUGUGAUAGUGGACAGCUGUAUCCAAGAGUUACAGGACCUGAUGCACCACCUACCAGACUAUGCUGAUCAGUUCUUGAAUAUGAUUUGUAAUGUGCUCAGGGACUACAGGGAGAAGUGUCAUUCUGCAUACAGAGACAUUGUUCAGCAUGGAUCUGAUGAAAAAAGAAUAAUUAGUGCAAUGUGGGCUAAGGAUGAAGACAUCAGCAGAUUUUUAAGGUCACUUCCCAGCUGGAGGAGCCUACAGCCUCGCCAAGGGAAAGAACUAGAUCGCACCAUUUGUUCAGAGGAGGAGAUUAGGUCCCUUAACUCCAAAGAAUCUGUUAUUUUAAUCAGUAAUUUAUCUGGAGAUGAUGCUCUGAUCCCUCAGCAGGAGAUCAUCACAGACGUCACACAGAUGAGAACAGUGGCCAACCUUCACGAGAGUCUGGAAUGGUUUGCAGAUCGCCUUGAACAGUUUGCUGCCAGCCUGACCUCACAGAACAGUUUAAAUCCUGCCACAGAUGAGCUGCCUAUGGAGCUGCCACCAAUCUCUGACAAAACACUUCAAUCAUUAAAACAGUUGGUCCAAGAUUUUAAGGAUCUUGCAGAGAUUUGUCUGUUGCUUCUUCACCUAGAGGUCAGAGUUCACUGUUUCUAUUAUCUACUUCCAGUGGCCAAACAGUCCAACUAUGCUGGUCCUAUAGAUGACCUUGACCCUGACUCUAAUGUCCUGAAGCUCAACAAAGACCUAAGUGGCAUGGAAGAAAUGAUGACUCAAAGUUUACAGCCCAAAAAAUUCAAGUACAUAUUUGAGAGCCUGGGUUUUCUUGUGGCCUCCAUACUCAUCACAAGUGUUCAGUUCCUCAAGAAGAUAAACGAGAAUGGAAUCAAAAAGAUGUGUCGCAACAUACUGGCCAUCCAGCAGAACUUGACCAACAUAACUUUAGCCAGGGAGUCAGACCUGGAUAGGGCCAGACACUUCUAUGAGCUGUUGUACCUCAACCCUGAUGAUUUGAUCAACUCAGUAGCCGAGAAAGGUCCCCAGUUCAGCCUGAGUGAGUACAAGGAGCUCAUCCAACUCUACCAUCGCAGCUUUGCUGGCAACCCUGUCUCCCUUCAAGACGCCAGGAUGCAGCGGCUCCACAGUGUCAUGGAGAAAGGUCAAGAUGAGACCUUACAGUGAUACCAAGGUCAAGGUUACAGCUGUGCUUAUAACUUUCUUACUUUGUCUAGCCUAUUGCAAAUGUGGAUGUAAAACUGGAGAUGUGGUUGUAAAUAUAAACGUGUAGAGUCAUGUAAAUUGUAAACUUGAGGAUUUGGUGUAAAUAAAAUUUUGUCUUAAUG